GGGCUUCGGCGCGCCCAGUACCGGGGAGGGGAGAGGAACAGAGAGGAGGGGGUGAGCGCGAGGGGCGGGGAGCGCAGUGAAGCCGCAGAGAACGCGCGGUAGGCGCGCGCGCGCGCGGUCCCCGGACUCCCCUUUUUGUGUCUCCUCGCUCCCGGCGGCGGCGGCUGCAGCGGGAUGGAGGAGCUAAGCAGCGUCGGGGAGCAGGUCUUCGCAGCCGAGUGCAUCCUGAGCAAGAGGCUCCGUAAGGGGAAGCUGGAGUACCUGGUGAAGUGGCGAGGAUGGUCCUCCAAACAUAACAGCUGGGAGCCAGAGGAAAAUAUCCUUGAUCCAAGACUGCUCCUAGCCUUCCAGAAGAAGGAGCAUGAUAAGGAGGUGCAGAACCGGAAGAGAGGCAAACGUCCCAGGGGCAGACCGAGGAAACAUGUGGUGGUGUCAGCUUGUAGCAGGCGCUCCAAGAUCAAGGAAUCGGAUAUGCCAUCAAAAUCAAAAUCCAGCAGUUCCUCUUCUUCCUCUACCUCUUCAUCCUCCUCUGAUGAAGAAGAUGACAGUGACUUGGAAUCUAAGAGAGGUCCCCGGGGCCGAGAGACCCAUCCAGUGCCUCAGAAAAAAGCGCAGAUCUUGGUGGCCAAACCUGAGGUAAAGGAUCCCAUCAGAAAAAAGAGAGGUCGCAAGCCUCUUCCCCCAGAACAGAAGGCGGCCAGAAGACCCGUGAGCCUGCCAAAGAUGCUAAAAACAACUCGGAAGGACCUGGGGCCAUCGAGCAAACUGCCAUCCUCACUCACUGCCCCCGUGACAAGCCUUGCUGCCCUCAAAGCCCAUGCCAAGGAGACCUGCAGUGGCCCCAGUGGCUCACCUGCCACUGAGAACUUGACCAGCCUGAUGAAAGGUAUGGCCGACAGCCCCAGCCGAGGAGGAAACAUCAGCUGGCAGAGCUCCAUUAUGCACUACAUGAAUAGAAUGACCCAGAGCCAAGCCGAGGCAGCCAACAGAUUGGCACUCAAAGCACAGGCCUCUAACAAGUGUGGCCUAGGACUGGACCUGAAAGUGAGAAACCAGAAGGGGGAGCUAGGACUCAGCGUGCCAGGAGCCAGAGUUAUGACGUCCCCUAGUGCUGGGAGUGCUGAGCAGAAGUCGGGGAGGACCCCGGGCCUACACAAUGGGGGCAAAGUGGGGGCCUCCACCAUUGGCAUUCAACCAGCUUCAAACCAAGAGCUGAACCUCCAGGCUUUGAACUUGCAGAGCAUGAAAAACGGUGCCCCAGGGAGUGCUGUGCUUCCCCUGUAUCCUGCAGCGGCCAAUCUGAAAACCUCCAGUAAUGCUAAUCCCACCGCUGGGAAGGGGCUGGGCAGUGGUACCGCCAGAGUGGCUGGAGUUCUCCCUGAAACGAAAGGUGAGAAACUGGUAGCCAGGGGUGCAGUUGUUGCUGCCUCUGGAAACAAGAGGGACACGCUAAAAAGCAAUUCCAAACCCAGCGGGCAGGAGAGUCACUUGGUUGCAGGUGAGAGCCAAAAGACAACAGCCCUGUCUGAGAUGAGCACUGCAGAGGAGAGUAGUAGCACUGACUCAGAACGGGACUCAGCCUCUUUCCCAGGCACGGCAGGACAGAAUCUGUCUGUCUCCAUUCAGACCAGCCAGGACUGGAAGCCCACACGAAGCCUUAUUGAGCAUGUCUUUGUCACAGAUGUGACUGCCAACCUUAUCACAGUCACUGUAAAAGAGUCCCCAACCAGUGUUGGCUUUUUCAACCUGAGACAUUACUGAAGCUGACUGUCAUCCAGUCUUAAGAUACAGCACAGGUGACAGAGUCUCUUCUUCAAGUGGACCUCUUAGCCUUUCAUAGUGUUCUCUUUUUGAUUUUUAUUUUUUCGUCACGAUGUCUGUUUGUAUUUUUAAGUGACCCAUAGCCUGCCCAAAGGAAGACAGACUGGGAAGGUAUAGCUUUUUCACUUCCUUCGAUUUAACAAACAUAUAGAGGAUUCCAUCAACCACCAACCUGUCCUUUAUCCCAGCCCAUGUGUGAACAUAAAACAUGGAUGGAUGCAUUAGGGAAAGGGGACCAAAUCUCAAUUCCUUGUUAUUUUAGUACAACCUAGAUAGACCUUUGUUACAGGUAGGUAGUACUGGCUGAUUUACACACUACUACUCCUUCCUUUAUUAUUUGUCAGUUCACAGCAAAAUGGGUUGAGCCAAAUGGCUCUCAGUGAGUGGCUAUUUUAAGAAAGAAACCGAUUUUUAAGAGUGUUUCAUUUUCUCCAUAUUUGUUACCUACCUUGUUCCUCUUGCCACAGCAUAGCAAAGGUGAAUUUUCUAUGUAGUUACCUGAAGGUGACUCAACCCCAAGAAGAGCAAAAGAGGUUAAAUUGUCUUGCCACCUUCUUCUAUGGGUUAACAAUUCCUGUCCCCAACAUGGGAACGUUCUUCAAUACAAUCCUUUUUUCUGUUGAGGAGGUCUUAUUGGACUCCUUGAUAUUUGGGAUAUGUUGUUUACAUACAUUUCUUUAAGCUAGUAUCAGUUUCUAGAAGGUGCUAUACGUGGAUGGGCCAGCCUAGAAGUUUCAUAUGAACUCUUUACUCCUCAAAGUUGUAGUAGCCAAAGUUACACAGGCAAGUGAGGAAUUUGCUAUGACUACAGUGUCCUUACAUACCUGAAAAUUAGGAACUGUGACCUGAGAGUAGAAUGAAGUAUACACUGAAAGCAGCAUAGGAGAGUGUUCCUAGGGUAAGAUAAUCUUUUAUCUUUCUGUGGUUCUAGCCAAGAGUUAACUGCUGCAGUAACCCAUAUCCCAAAAUCAUUUCCUGUUUAUGAUCAUAUGCCAAGAAACCUUCAGGGAAGAGAGUGCUGGGAAUGAUGGACAUUAAGAGUUCUUGUCCCAUUUAGUAUCCAGGUGACACCCUUCUUCCUCAUUUCACUUUAAACUUAUUCUUGUAUUUCCUGGGUGACUACUGAAUAGGAAGAUGAAAUAGCUUUGUUUCAGUUGACACUUGUACCAUUCCUGGAUCCUAGUUUUAGAAGUAUGUUUAUGAGGACUUUUCUAUAAAUAGACAUUGACAUUCCUAACAUCCUUUCUAUGUUAUAGCUGUUAUGGUAUACUUAUAAGGUAGUAAACUUAUAAAGAAAGGGCCACUGGCCAGGUUAAUGGGAGAUGUUUCAGAUCUUGUUAACCUAUCUAUAUGUCCUGGAUUGUUCUGCCCCCUUUGAGAAACUGGAAGAACUUAUCUCUCUGUCCUUCCCCUCUCCCCCCCCAAGAAAAAAAGAAAAAUGACCCUUUUUUUUUUUGUUUUUUCCCCUGGAUGGGCCAGUUAUUUGGCCCCAUUAUUUGGCCUUCAGGAGCCACUAAGAGAAUCUAUGUCCAGUCAGUUCCUGGAAAUGGAUUUUUUUUUCUUGAUAGCCAUCCCAGCUGUUGUUCAGAUGUGCAACAUUGACAUUCCUAACAUCCUUUCUAUGUUAUAGCUGUUGUGGUAUACUUAUGAGGUAGUAAGCUUAUAAAGAAAGGGCCACUGGCCAGAUUAAUGGGAGAUGUUUCAGAUCUUGUUAACCUAUCUAUAUGUCCUGGAUUGUUCUGCCCCCUUUGAGAAACUGGCAUAAUCCUUUCCCAGAUUAGGAAUUGGGACCAAACAGAAAAGAGAUUUAAUUCUACUAUAGACCAUCAUCUUUUAGUUUAGAGAUAUAUUUUAGUAUGGAAGAGGAUAGACCAUUUUCCUUUAAAAAUACCAAACAAAUCUGGAAGCGUCCAAGAAACCUGGCAGUUUCCAGGUACUCACCUUUCUGCUCUUUUUGCCCCAUGGGUUCCCUCCAUAAACUGUUCAUUCUAUUGAUACUUGGGGGACUACCACUAGGAUGGGUAAAAAAUAAGAUGUUAAAUUGUUCCUGAAAGAGACAUAAUGCUGUGGUCCUUCCAAAACUAGGCUGUGUCAGAUAUGUCUUAAGAUUUAAGGAGAGUGGAUUGUAAUUGCCCAGCAGCCUAGAAGUAAUCAAAGAGUCUUUUUGAUACCAAAAAAGAGGGGGGGAAAUUUUCUACUUCUGUUUUUAACUAUUCUAGUGUGAAAUCAGCCAAAUGAAUCUUGGAAAGAAAAGGGGCCAAUGAGAUUGGGAGGGAUAAGGGAGAAUUCUUUAUCAAGGUUAUCUCCUUUAAAUAAACCCAAAGUGGCUUUUAUCCAGGAUGGGUUGGAAGGAGUGCUUAACCGAGACUGAUUUUUCUGGGGAAGCAUGACCAUGGUCAAGGGACUCUUUCCUUGUUGUCCUUAACCCAUAUGCCAAAUACUAAAAGUUGGCCUUUAUUGUAUUGGAAUACAAACUUAUUGUGCCUUUAAGGAGUAACAUUUUCAUGUCUACUGGAAGCAAGGUGAGGCAGGAGAAUUGAGAAGCCUUUCCCAUGUCCUUUCUUACCUAGUUCUUGAGAAUAGCAUGAAGUUUCCUCGUUUGGUAUUUCUUAUAGUGGUAAAGAAGUGGCAUUUGCUUACCUGGAAUUUGGAGGUUCCCUGCCUAGAAUAGGAAGAAGGGAGAAGUUUCUCCUCAUUCCCAGAAUAGUCCGAAUGGGGUUAUAUGCACUUUCUACUACUAGAAUGGGUUAAAAGAAGAAAUUUGCAUAGUCCAGCAUAGCAGGGGUGCAGAGGAAUGGAUCUGGGAGGGUAGUAAAACUAACCUCAAAUUAGUUUAUGGUUCUUAAGACUAGGCCUCCCAAAUGGGCCUCCAAGUAUCGUGUAUAUAAUCCCACAGAUGUCCCUGCUUGCUUUUGAGUCACCUUAUUAGCAAGCAAACUGCUUUUUAGCAGACCUCCCAACCCCAUGAAGCUGAAGUUUCCAAGUUUCUCAGCCUAUUCCCAUCAAGCACUUUCCUGCCUUUUAGGCGAAGUAAAGCAAAGGCUCUGGGCUGACAGUAGGGGUUCUAAUUAUGAUCAUUAGUGAAUGAGGACUACAGCUAUUAAAAGCAAGUGUGUUUGUUCUUGGGUGUCUUGUCUGAUUUGAGAAAGCUCUCAUAUACAGCAUUAAGACUUUUCCCCCAAAUUACAACGUUGUGCCUUUCUGUUAACUAGCUAUUUCAAGUCCAAAGUUGAAUCAGGAAACACCUUAUUUCUAACCAGUUCUGCCUUUUUUCUCCCCUUUUGUUUAAAAUUUUGACAUUAGGUGUUUUUUGUUUUAAUCCCAGUGGCUCAUAUAUGAAUAAGAGAUGUGUUUGUUCACACAUUUGAAAGAGACACUUCUCUAUUGUGCAUUUUAUUUCAUCUGUGUUGGACAGAUGUUUGGAGCUGGUGUCAUAUGUUUACCAGUAAACAAAACUAGUAUUUAGAAGUCUACCUUUUUUUUCCCUCCUGAAAAAUUUGCUGCUAUGUUUUUUGUGUGUGCGCACAUAUGUAUAGCUAGUUGUCAAUCAAACAUCUGAUUUAAGGUUUGUUGCUACUUUUUACUUCUAAGGGUUUCCUAAUCGAAUUAUAUGGCAGUAUUUGUAUAUUGAAUGGAUAUUUUUAUCCUGUUUUUUGUCUCCUUUUUAUUUUUUAUUGGACAGGAAGAAGUGGUCGGUUUUGUCAUCUUCCUUAGAGGUUUAGUAUAUAUAUUUUUAUAUAUAUAUAUAUAUAUUUUGUACCAAAAAGAGUGUUCUUUCUUUUGUUACACUCAGAUUCUGAUAGAUAGGGAGGGCUGUGGCCUGAAGGGUUUGUUAAAAGAAAAUUUUGUUUGCAAAGGGGAGGGAGGGGGUAGGGGAGAGAAAAAAAGAACUGUUCUUGUAAUUAUGCCAGUGAUUGGCUUGAUGUUUUUUUUUUAAUUUAAAAAAAAGCCAAAUCAUCCAUGUAUGCCACUUCUAAUUGCUUUAAACUACAGCUGUUUGCUUUUAGAAAAACAGAACAAAAGUAGAUAUGUUAUUACCAUGGAAAAGCUUAAGGUCUUUGUUGAAUCAGGACAGCAGCCCAGCCCAAAUAUUAAAUCAAAAACAACUAGUAGGAAAAUGUGCUUUCCCCUCCCCCUUCCUCUACAUCCCCAAGGAAGCCCAUAGUGGUUUGGGAGGUUUAGGGAGAAAGUUGUAUUCAGAUGACUAAAUCAUUUUCUUGUUUGCAUCUCAUGAUUGUGUGUGUUUUCUAGUAUUUUGGGAAAACUAGCACUAUAGCAUAGAUUGCAGGUUGUUCUGGGGUUUUUGGUUUUUGGUUUUUGUUUUUUUUGUUUUUUGUUUUUUUUUUUAGAUUACUCUUAAUUUAUUUUACAGGAAAAGAAAACACUAGCAAAUGGUGUCAUUUGAUUUUGUACAACUUUUUUUUAUUAAUAAGUUAGUGUAUCAAUAAAAAAAAUUUUACUUUUCAA